AUGUUUGUGGACCUUGAUGGCCUGACAAGUGAGGCAAUGUUUGGCCCAAUGACGGACGUCCUGCCGGAUGAUCUUUCAAACAAAACGGUCAGUGAUCAACUUCGUUGUGAAACGAAUGCUCGGAUGCGACAGACCGUGGAAAUGUUCAAAAAUCUUCCGGCGAUAUGCUUGCGGAACAAAUGGUCUCGGCUUGCCGGUUGA